AUGAAUGCACAGGAAGAUUCACUUUUUACUCCGGUUGAGGAUUCUGACCAGGAGUUCAUUACACCAAUUGAUGGCAGCAGUAGCCCUCUAAGCGAUGUUGUGGAUACUGGAUCUGAACAAGAGGAGAAUCAGCAGAUCGUGAUUAAUGACGAUGAGCAAAGAGAUCGCACCAAUAAGAGAAAGCAUUCUGUUUUGGAAGUACCCGACGGGUCAGAUACUGAGGUGUCUAGUGGAGACGAGAUAGAGGAGGAGGAGGAGGAAGAGGAGGAAGAUGUUAUUGUGCUGGGAUCCGAUGGCGAAAAAGAUCCAGCUGCUAACAAAUCGACUAUAGAACUGUUAGAGGCGUCUGCAAAGAGAAAGGAUAAUCAAAAGCUGUUCAAGAUGACAGAAUGUCCUAUUUGUUUUGACGCCAUCAACGAAGCGGUAGUCACGCCAUGUGGUCAUAUAUUUUGUGCCAAUUGUAUCUAUAGAGCCAUGGCAAGCUCUAAACCUAAUAAUGCUCAGUCCCAGCAGGGGCAUUGUAGUUUGUGUCGCAAAGUGAUGUCAUGGAAUGGACUGGUGCAUUUGAAGAUGCGCAGAUAG